UUAAAUCUAAUCCUAGCCUAGUUCAUAAACCAAUAACAAAGGAUAACCACACCAGUUGAUGCAGUGCUCUGCUCUUUUAAAACACUGUUGGAUGACUGAAGACUUGAGACACACACUGCUGUUUUGUCCUUGACUUGUUUAAAUCUGAGAAUCUCUCUCAGCAUUACUGAUGGAAAGGUUCAAGUCUAACGGAGGCGAGCAUGUUAACCCUGCUUAUGAUUCUACUCUGGAUGAACCUCCUGUCUAUGAGGAGAACAGCUUCUCUAAUGGGGAACACCGGAUGGUUCGGCCCUCAGUGGUCAGUGCCUUUGGUCAUGACACUUUGGACCGAGUGCCCAACAUUGACUUCUAUCGCAAUGCAGGCAGUGUGAGCGGUCCCCGGGCUGUGCGACCAUCCCUGCAGGAGCUCCAUAAUGUGUUUCAGAAGAAUGGAGCAAUCUCAGUGCCGGAUACCGUGGAGGACGAUGGCGAGGAGAGUGACGGCACCCCCUCUGAUGACCUGGAGUCUGCUGUUCCCGCUGACAACAACAAAGGACCAGUAAAGUUUGGCUGGAUAAGGGGCGUGCUGGUGAGAUGCAUGCUAAACAUCUGGGGUGUCAUGUUGUUCAUCCGUCUGUCCUGGGUUUUUGGUCAGGCAGGCUGGGGUCUGGGAAUUGUGGUCAUCGCUCUCAGCUGUGUGGUCACCACCAUCACCGGCCUUUCUAUGUCUGCCAUUUGUACUAAUGGCAUAGUCAGAGGAGGAGGAGCCUACUACUUGAUAUCUCGCAGUUUGGGGCCAGAGUUUGGCGGGUCAAUUGGUCUCAUUUUCGCUUUUGCUAAUGCCGUGGCUGUGGCCAUGUAUGUGGUGGGGUUUGCUGAGACCGUGGUCGACUUGCUCAAGGAGCACGAUGUCCUCAUGGUGGAUGAAUUAAAUGACAUCAGAAUCAUUGGCUGUAUUACAGUCGUGUUCCUAUUGGCCAUAUCGGUUGCUGGAAUGGAAUGGGAGGCCAAGGCACAGAUUAUUCUACUCAUUAUCUUGCUGGUGGCCAUAGUGAAUGUAUUUGUAGGAACAGCCAUUCCUGCAACCGCUGAUAAGAAAUCCAAAGGAUUCUUCAAUUAUAACUCGAAAAUCUUCUUAGAGAAUUUUACUCCAGACUUUAGAGAGGGUGAGACCUUUUUUUCAGUGUUUUCCAUCUUUUUCCCUGCUGCAACCGGGAUCCUGGCUGGAGCCAACAUCUCUGGCGACUUGCGGGAUCCCCAAGCAGCCAUACCUAAAGGUACCUUGCUGGCCAUCCUGAUCACUGCUGUCACCUACUUGGGUGUGGCCCUUUGUGUCUCUGCCUCUGUUGUCCGUGAUGCCACAGGAAACACAACUGACCUCAUUACUCCCGGAGCGCCUUGUAAUGGUUCGGCAGUAACUGCUUGUGAGCUCGGCUAUAAUUUCUCCUCCUGCGCAGUGCAAAAAUGCAACUUUGGCGCGAUGAACAACUUCCAGGUGAUGACCAUGGUGUCUGGGUUUGGUCCCCUCAUCACUGCUGGAACCUUCUCAGCUACGCUUUCUUCAGCCCUGGCCUCCCUUGUCAGUGCUCCCAAAGUCUUCCAGGCUCUGUGUAAAGACAACAUCUACAAGGCCCUGCACUUCUUUGCCAAGGGAUAUGGCAAGAACAACGAGCCAAUCCGUGGCUAUAUCCUCACUUUCAUCAUUUCAAUAGCCUUCAUUCUCAUUGGUAAUCUCAACACCAUUGCUCCCAUCAUUUCAAACUUCUUCCUGGCAUCUUAUGCUCUCAUCAAUUUCUCCUGCUUCCAUGCAUCCUAUGCCAAGUCUCCAGGGUGGAGACCGGCAUAUAAAUACUACAACAUGUGGCUAUCCCUGGUGGGUGCAGUGCUCUGCUGUGUUGUCAUGUUUGUUAUCAACUGGUGGGCUGCUCUCCUCACAUACGGCAUUGAAAUCCUCCUCUACAUUUAUGUCACAGUCAAGAAGCCAGAUGUAAACUGGGGUUCGUCCACGCAGGCUGUGACAUUUGUGAGUGCGGUCAGCAACGCUCUGUCUCUGUCUGGUGUAGAGGAUCAUGUCAAGAACUUCAGGCCUCAGAUCAUAGCACUGACAGGUUCAGCACGAAACAGACCAGCUCUCCUAGACCUGGCUCACUCCCUUUCUAAGAACUUUGGACUCUGUCUUACCUGUGAAGUGUUUGUGGGCCCGAGAUCUGAGGCUCUCCAAGAGAUGAACGCCGGCAUGGAGAAGAACCAGCUGUGGCUUAGGAAGACUAAACGCAAGGCAUUUUACGCUGCUGUGGCCUGUGACCGUUUCAGGGAAGGGACCGAGAGCCUGCUGCAGGCUUCCGGUCUUGGCCGUAUGAAGCCCAACACAUUGAUGAUAGGCUUUAAGAAAAACUGGAGGACUUCAGACGCAGAGUCAGUGCAGAGUUAUGUGGGAAUACUGCAUGAUGCGUUUGACUUUGAGUACGGGACAGUGGUACUGAGGAUGAACCAGGGACUUGAUGUGUCACACAUUGUCGAAGCAGAAGAGGAGAUGCUAAAGGCAGCAAGGGAGCAACAGGCGCGGGAGAAUGAAAUGAUGCCAAAUGGAGGGAAACCAAGAGGACUGUUUAGGAAGUCCAGGAAAGUCUCUAAGCAAGUGCUCAUGACCAGAGUGUCAGUGUGCGGCCCUCCACCCCCGCAGAUUGCCAAGAUGAACGAGAGGCUGUUGGAGGCCAGUGCUCACUUCAAGAAGAAACAGCCCAAAGGCACCAUCGAUGUGUGGUGGCUGUUUGACGAUGGAGGUCUUACCCUGCUGCUCCCCUACAUCCUCACCACCAGGAAGAAGUGGAAAGACUGUAAAUUAAGGAUCUUCAUCGCAGGACAGCCUGAACGCAGUGAUCUAGACAAACAGGAAAUGAAGUCUUUGUUGAAGAAAUUCAGAAUUAACUGCACUGACAUCAAUGUCAUCGACAACAUCCAUGUCAAACCCAGCUCUGAAAGCUUGAAGAAGUUAGCUGACAUGAUUGAGCCUUUCUGUCUGCAUGAGGGGUCUAAAGACACCGCUCAGGCGGAAGCAAUGCAGAGAGAGCAGCCCUGGAAAAUCACUGACGAAGAACUGAACAGCUUUGAGGAGAAGACCAACCUCCAGGUACGACUGAACGAGGUGCUUCAGGAAAACUCCAAAUCAGCCAAUCUGAUCAUUGUGAGCAUGCCCAUCGCUCGUAAGGAAUCUGUCUCUGAUUUCCUCUACAUGGCCUGGCUGGACAUUCUGACAAUGGACCUUCCACCAACACUGCUCAUUAGAGGAAACCACAAGAGUGUGCUUACUUUCUACUCCUGAGCACCUUGCAGGCUAAACAGCAGUUUGGUAGCACCUUAAUUAUGAAGCGUGUUCAGAAAGCGCACAGGAACCUGGAUGAUGUUUUUCAGUCUUCCAGAAAAACUGCAAAGUAUAAAACAAUCCAGCUUUUUUUCACUUAACACCUGAUGGGGACAUGUGGGCUCCAAUUCUCAUUUGAACAUAAGAGUAGUAGAAUAAUUGACUGUUUGACUUACGAACACAUAAGUGCUAAGUACUAAAUAAACCUUAUUUUACUAUGAACCUGUUUUUAUUGCCUGGGUUGGUAUGAGCUGUUUCAUGAACGCUUGUCGCAACCUCUGCAAAAUGCAGCGAGCUUGCAAGUAACAAGCAAACCUUUUUAGCAUGUACAUGUACUACACUGUAUGGCUACCAAAGGACACUUUUAACUGUUCUGCUGAGGGGACAAGACAAGUCUCAAUAAAGAAAAAACAUUUCUGGCACAGAGUUCGUAAAUGUCAGAGUCCAAAUGUGAAUUUAGGAGCAUAGGCAAAGUUUGAGCUCUUUGCAUCAACGGACAAGUACAGAAAACAUUGUUAUAUAUAGAACUAAGGUGUAAACUCAUAAUUUGUGGUUGGAACAAAGCCUAAUCCCGUCUUCCUAACAUGGUAAGAUGAGUCCAAUGAACAAAGGCAGACACACGGGCAAAGAUACGAAACUACUUCCAGUGGUUACACUGAGUGAAUGUGUUGCCUGCUGCUGUGUUUGUAAUAUAAAUGUAUAUAGUAGAUAUCUGAAUUCACUAGUGGAUACUUUUUGAGCAAAAAAAAUAACCCUUUCAUAAAUAAUUAACAGAAUGAUAUUGGCUUCAUUACUAUCAGUACUUUUAAACUCUGGUAAUAAUUGCUUGAUUAUUUUUUAAACAUUUUUGAUAUCCACUGAGUGUAAACUACACUGUUAUUAUAAAGAUGUUUACCUGUUUUUGAUGUUACUAUCACAGCACACUUUCUGUUUAAGGAAAAUUUGGUGAAACAAAAGAUUGUAAACUCAAUUCUUCUGUAUAUUUUCAGCCUAUUAUCUGUCUUCCUAUUUAAAUAUAUAAUUGUGAUUACCUGAAAUAAAGAAU